AUGCUUACCAAUCAGGCAGAAUCUGACCUUUUCCCUAAGGUUAUUGUCAGCGAGCUGGAUCGCGAGAAGAUAAGAACCCCCCAUGACGACCCGUUGGUGGUGGAGAUGAAAAUAGCAAACCUCAGAGUAAGACAGAUUUUGAUUGAUACAGGGAGUUCAACCGAUAUCAUCAGCGCGGAUUGUUUGUCAAGAUUGAAGUUCGAUGAGAAUGACUUGGUCCCAGUCAACCAUCUCAUCAUGGGAUUUGGGGGAGGAAUAAUCCACCCAAUGGGAACUGUCACUUUACCCGUCAGGGUAGGAGACAAGGAGGCCUCCAGGACGUUGUUUGUUAAGUUCUUGGUGGUACGAGAUUUGACGGCUUACAAUGUCAUCCUCGGACGACCCACCUUGAACCACAUCAAAGCUGUUAUUGUGACUCAUCUGAUGCUAAUGAAGUUUGAGUGCGAUGGAGGGAAGAUUGGAUCAGCAGACAGCAAGAGAAUGCUACCUUACCACUCUAAAACCUUCAUCUUGGAAAGGAGAAAAACCAGAGCGGCCAAAGGCCAUAGAGGAAGGACCAACCCAGAGGGUAGAAGGCCAGAUAAGUGA